AUGUCGAAGUUCCAGUUGGAGAUCCUUCAAAAACUCUCAGAUCUCAAUGAGAUAAAUUCGACUUUGCAAUGUUUCCCCGCUGUGGAUCCUCAGGAUGUGCUUUCAGCAUUAAACUCGCUUAAAGCGCAUGCCAAAUUGAACUAUACAAAGAAGGACAUUCUGUACUAUGAUCUCUCUUCAGAGGGUCAGGAUAUCCUAGCGAACGGAUCUCACGAGAUGAAGCUCUUGCAAUUGGUUAAAGAACUAGGUAAAUUGCAAAUCAAGGAUGUUGGGGCUAAACUUGGACCAAAUGGUAAAGUUGGUCAAGCGCGUGCGUUCAAGAACGGUUGGAUCAUUAAGAACAAGGAUAAUGAAUUGGAAGUUAGUGAAAAAGUAACCGAAACCCCAGAGGACGAAACUAAAUUGUUGUUGGCAAAAAUACUAGAGGGACAGGAUUCUUCAAUUGAUGCCAAGACUUUGGCAGAUUUGAAGAAGAGGAAAUUGAUUGUUCCAAGGAAGCAAACAGACUUCAGUGUCACCAAGGGUGAUGAUUUUUCCUUGGAAUUGACGAAAUUGGAAACCGAAAUCACUUCCGAAAUGAUUGUCAACGGUUCCUAUAAGGAUUGUAAAUUUAAGCCUUAUAAUUUCAACUCUGAAGGUGUAGAUGUCCAAUCCGGUGCUUUGCAUCCUCUAUCCAAGGUGAGAGAGGAAUUUAGACAAAUUUUCUUUUCCAUGGGGUUCAGCGAAAUGCCUGCUAACCAGUACGUCGAAACCGGUUUCUGGAAUUUUGACGCUCUAUACGUCCCACAACAGCAUCCGGCCCGUGACUUGCAAGAUACUUUCUACAUCAAGGACCCAUUGACUUCCGAUCUACCAGAAGACAAAACCUAUAUGAAUAACAUCAAAGCCGUUCACGAAAAUGGUAAAUUCGACUCGAUCGGUUACCGUUACAACUGGAAAGAAGCCGAGUGUCAAAAGUUGGUGCUUAGAACGCACAGUACAGCUAUCUCUGCCGCAAUGUUGCAUCAGUUGGCCAAGGACCCAAAACCAACCAGAUUAUUCUCGAUUGACCGUGUCUUCCGUAAUGAAGCUGUCGAUGCUACCCAUUUGGCAGAAUUCCACCAAGUUGAAGGUGUUCUCGCAGACUACAACAUUACUUUGGGUGAUUUGAUUAAUUUCAUGGAAGAAUUUUUCGCAAAGAUGGGUGUCACUGGUCUACGUUUCAAACCAACUUAUAAUCCUUACACUGAACCUUCGAUGGAGAUCUUCUCAUGGCACGAAGGUUUACACAAAUGGGUCGAAAUCGGUAACUCCGGUAUGUUCAGACCAGAAAUGUUGGAAUCCAUGGGCCUACCAAGAGGCUUGAGAGUUCUAGGGUGGGGUCUAUCUCUAGAGAGACCAACUAUGAUCAAAUACAAAGUUCAAAACAUUAGAGAGCUAUUGGGUCACAAGGUUUCUUUGGACUUCAUCGAGACAAAUCCUGCCGCAAGACUUGACGAGGAUUUGUACGAUUAA